GGCGCUUCGCAACCCACUGCCGGCUGCCCCCGGCGCCGGCUGCGCCCCGCUCGCUGCAGGCGGGACGCGGCCCGGGCGCGGUUGUGCUUCCCGGCUGUCGCCUGCUGCCUGCAGACCGCGGAGCCUCUGCCCCCGGCCCCGCUCCCCUCCCCGGCCCCGUCAUGCCGAAAGCGAGAGACGAGGCGCGGUGAGCGAGUCAGAUACUGGAAGAUUCAAGUCAGAUUCAAGCUUUUCCUGCAGUCUUCCUAACUGUUGCCCUUCGCUGGUGGGAGAAGUAGUUGUGGAAAGAAGAGAGCUGCCCCCCAGGUUUUGGGCCCUGUGGUGAAAGUCGUUGCAAGGCACAAGGUGUUUGCCUGCACGGGCUGCAAUGGAGACGCUGUCGCAGGACUCUCUGCUGGAGUGUCAGAUCUGUUUCAAUUAUUACAGCCCCCGUCGGCGGCCCAAGUUGCUAGACUGCAAGCACACCUGCUGCUCAGUGUGCCUGCAACAGAUGAGGACGAGCCAGAAGGACCUGCGAUGUCCCUGGUGCCGUGGGAUCACGAAGCUGCCGCCGGGGUAUUCUGUGUCGCAGCUGCCUGAUGAUCCCGAGGUCAUUGCUGUGAUUGCAAUCCCCCACACCUCAGAGCACACGCCGGUCUUCAUCAAACUCCCGAGCAACGGGUGCUACAUGUUGCCCUUGCCCCUCUCCAAGGAGAGAGCGCUCUUGCCGGGAGACAUUGGCUGCCGCCUCCUGCCCGGCAGCCAGCAGAAGUCCCUGACGGUGGUGACAAUCCCGACAGAGCAGCAGCCCCUGCAGGGCAGCAUCCCCCCAGAGGUCGGAGCCGAGGAGCAAGACAGGAGAGGCGUCGUGAAAAGCUCCACCUGGUCAGGAGUGUGCACUGUGAUCCUGGUGGCCUGUGUCUUGGUCUUUCUGCUGGGCAUCGUCCUCCACAACAUGUCGUGCAUUUCCAAGCGCUUCACGGUGAUUUCAUGCGGCUGAGGAGAAGCUGCUCUCGGAGUACUCUCGCGGGCUGAUCCAGGGGUUGGGUAGGUGAUGGUGGUGGGAUCAAGUGAGACAAUUCGCUGCAACUUUGACCAAUUACUACAGAACGCUUGACACACGGACAGCUGCUUGUUAGUCCUGUGGCAAUCCUAAAAGGUGGAACGUGAGGCCUCUCAGCAACAUGUGGAGAAAAUCAUGUCGAGUGUCUGAUGGUAACAGCAUUGAGGAGGACUGCAUGUGUCACCAUAAUCAUUUAUCAAAGGGACUGUAAUUUACAAUGAUUUUUGUCAUGUUACGAGAUUAAAGACAUCUAUGUAGCUGGUUAUACUGUAAAGUAUAUGGAAUGAGCUCUUCUCUAAACACAGUAGAUUAAAAUCAAAAUUGCUCUUUUAGAAUUAAGAGAGAGAAUUGGUGUAUGACUCAGUAAAAGGUGUUCAGUACCAAUCCACACGUACAUUAUUUUUAACGGGGGCGAGGUGGACUUGUAAAAACAAGAAAUCUUUUAGUUGGUAAGGCAUUUUAUAUGUUUUAAAUUGCACAUUAAUUAGACUAAGUUAGGAAGUUGUACAAUAGUUUUUAAAAGGAAAUAUUUUACAAGCAAUCAUUUUGCUCUGUGGUGGGUUUUUUUUUUUUUUUGCUGUUCUCUGUCUCUGUUUUCUUUUUUUCUAUUUUUUUCUCACUUAUAGGGGAGCAGCACUUCCAAAUUGUUUCAUUUGGUGAAGGAUCCAAGCAGGGAAGCAAAGUGAGCUAGGAGGAAUACCUAAAAAUGCAGUGAAAACAUUUCUGCCUAACCAGCUUCACAUGAAGAAUGCCUUUGAAUGGUAAACAUUGGACAUGCUGCUUUAUCUCUGAUCUGUCACCAGGCCUUCUCGAUGAUGUGGCCUUCACAGGAUUAGUGAAGAUGUGAGUCAUGAGAAGUCCUAGGAUUCCUUCCUGCAAGGACGUGAUAGCAAAUUGUUCUUCAUUUUCUUUUUCUACUAGAGGUCAAUUUUGUUUUGUUUUAAGAACUUCAGACCUAUUUCACCACCCUCUCUCCUAGGAGGUGCAACUGUGUACCCAUGGAGGUAUAAAAAAAUUUUACCCUGAGGAAGCCUCACCAUCUGGACUGAGACUGAGGUCCAUUCUGUGCAAUCAUUUAGUAACAGGUGGUGACAGAGAAGGAUGCAGCACCUAGGCCUACCUAAGCCUCUCCUUGGGCUGUGCAACUCCUCCUAAAUCACUGUGACUGUCCUGGUGUCAAAAUGUGAGCAUAACUGAGCCCUUUCCUCAAUUCAGUGAUAUAAAUCUUGGGAUGUAGGAACAGAUAUGCACAUAUGGACUGAUGUGAAAAAGGACUGCAAAAUAUUCCCCUCCACCUGUGAAUUGCCAAUAAACCCCCAGUAAUUUGUACUUCAUUGCUUGGAAAGAGCCAAAUUCUUGUAAUUUCUCUUCAGUUCAGUAGCACCUUGCACCAUAUAAGCAGUCCCACUAGCUUUAGUAGAACUGCUCAUGAAGUAAAGUAGAGCUCAAUGUGAGUUAGAGUAUUUGGCAAGUCUGAAAGCUCAAAUUUGUGAGAUUUAAGGAUCAGAUCAAGGGACACAUGACACAGAUCUUUAAUGAGGCAGAAAAAACUAUUGAUUUGCACUGAUUCUUUUUGCAAGUACAAAGUGUGAACAGUUGCUUAGGCAUAACCUCUCUGAAGAAUGUUCUCUUGUCUGCUGCUAGUGCUCUUUCUAAAUUAAUUUGAGAUUGCUCAAUGCCAUGUUGUAACACCAGGAAACAAUUUUGGCUGUACAUUGUCCAAGUUAGUCCUGUAGAAGUUGGUGGUUUUGUGAUUAUGUCACAAAACCAAAUUUUUGGUUCACGAUAAACAUUAUUCUCAACUAGAACUUCCUGCUGAGAACAUAACUCUUUCUUAGUGCUGUAUUUCUUCCCCUUCCUCUCCGAAACCACUGUUUUCUUCAUUGAUUUCUUUAACUGAAGAAUAGUGUAUAUGGUGCUUAAUCGUUAUGGGGUAUAUAAGGCCAUGUAUGGAGAGGAGUUUAAGUACAUUAUACUGAUUUUUAUUUACUGUCGUUUGUAUGCAUAGCACAGCAAAAAAACCCAAUAAUCCUCAGAUAACACAUGUUCAAUGCCUUUUUCAUGUAAGGCCCAUGUGCAGUAUGCCUUGAACCUGACUUACAAGUAUUGUAAUACACAGACACCUCUCAGCAGCAUGUUUGAUUUGGUUGCAGUAGGGAACGACAGUAAUUCCAAACUCGUGAACUUGUUACUCUCUUGUCACCACUAGGUAGCCAGAUCUCUAUUGACAUCUGCGCUACACUGCUUGUUGUGUAAAGGAAAACCAGUUCACGAAGAAAUCUUGCCUUUUAUAAGACUCUUAAAGUGAUCGGAUACAGGAUUCAACCUUCUACUGCCUUAUUCCCUAGCGGUGGCUUAUGCUUGUAGCAGGAGUGUAGAGCAUAGCUGGAAGAUGCUCUGAGAACAACGGCGAAGCAUUUUACACCAAUUUCUGCGUGUGUUUGUUGGAGUCGUGAACGGCUGUGCGAAGAUGCAAGGCAGCCAAGGAUCAGGGCCUGGGAGUUAAUCUAUACAAUAUUAAUUACGUUAACCUCGUUCUGGCUGUGCAAUGCCUGCCGUAAGCUCUUGAGGUCGAGGGUUCCCUUUGGUGUCGCAGGGAAUGGCUGUCUGGAAAACUGCCACUCUUUGUGCCUGCGUGGGGAGGGCAGUAUGAAAGAGAAAUCAGAAAUUAGGUUAAAAUACCACACUGCGUACUAUAUUACGUGACAGGCAGACCUGGAGUUUAUCCGGUAUUAAUGACGUAAGUAUUAUUUUAGCAGAAUACCAUCCUCUAUUACGUAGCACAGUGCAUUGUUUUGUUAGUAAGAAUUUCCUGUACUUUUAGUGCCUGCUGAAAUGCAUGUUUGACCUAAUUUCUGAUCCAGACACUUGCCUGCUCACAGCCUUGUGUAAGAGCAAUAAGUAAGACCUCAAGAUUUUCGUCUCUGUGGGCGCGUGUGUGUAUGUUAAGUUCCUUUUUAAUAGGAGUUCUGAAGAUAUUUUUGUUUUUGCUUUAGACUGUGACUCUCAUUUUAAAUUUGCAACUGCCAUAUCAUGUUGGAUCACCCCGCUUUUUGCUGACUUGUGUAGAAGUGAACUAAAUAGUUUGUUGUAAUGUACAGUGUUAAAAUGUUUCUCGAGUAUGUUGAUUGUCAUACUACUUUAAAAAUGCGGUGCAGUCUAUCCCAUUCCUCGGUCUAGUACCUGGCAUUAAAAAGUGAUACUGCUGUAUAUGCCUCUAACUUUUCUUUCUUUUUUUUCUUUCUUUCUUUUUUUUAAAAAAAAAAAAAAAAAAAAAAAACAAAACAAAAAAAAACUUGUCUGUAGUUUUUUCCAGGCCAAAAUCCCAACCUGAAGGAAAUCCCAGAUGUACACCACGUGUACACCAAUUCUGUAUCAAAAUCAUCGUGUCCUGGGUUAGUUUUUGUCCCCUGGUGUCUAAUAGGCAAUCACUACCCAGUUCUUCCAAAAAAAGAAGGAAACUUCCUGUGACUCAGUACUGUUUGAGCAACCAAAACUUGUGCUAAAUACUGUUAUGGGAAAUUACCAAUGCACCUGCAUUUUUAGAACAAAUUUAAUCUGUAUGAAUGUGUAUUUAUUUGUUUGUUUAAUGGCAAGGAUGUGUGCGUGUUGGGGCCCAGGGCUUUCUUUUUUUCCUCCUUUUUUCUUUCCCUUUGGAAUAUCCCAGCUUCCAUUUUUCUGCUUGUGCUUUCCUGGCAAACAGACUUUAGGAUUAUUCACUUUGUGAAAUUCUGUUUAGUGAAUUUUAAAAAUUCAAAAUAUGCAAUUUUGUUAUGCAGGAUUUUUUUAGGAAAUUAUGUGUUCAGUGAUUGUUCAUGCUUAACCAAGAUGUAAAGGAGCCUGGAUGUUUUGUAAACAUGGAGCAAUCAUGAGUCCAAAGUUUCAUCUUUAUUAAUGAAACUCAAUCUGAAUAAAACAUUAGCAGGAAAAGAAUGCUAUCCAGUGAA